CACCGGUCCACCAACGCUUCUUUUUAGACAAUCCAGCCUAGUAGCUUUUUUUGGGGGAAGGCUUUACGGCUAGCUUUAUUAACUUUUUAAAUAAUGCUUACAUCAUCCGCAAGUAAAUCUAAAAUAAAGCCAGGUGGGGCGUCCAACCACAAAGACGGUGGAUCAUCCCGACCAUGCUGAGCUAGUGUAUGAGCUACCGUGUUUGAUUCUCUGUUACAAAAUUCAAAAAGAACCUUCCUGAAAUUUGUGCAUAUUUGCCGACAUUCAUCCAGUAUAGGGUCAGCCACCAUAGAAUGACCAGUAUUGUUCGCCAUUGCAUCCACAAUUGUGAUGUUAUCCGCCUGGGCGACGAUGGAGUUUGCUCCCACCGACCGAGCUAGCUUCAAACCCUUAAGAAGAGCUGCCGCCUCCGCUGAUUCAACGUCACCGACAUGCUCCAAUUUCACCGUGGAGGCCGUAAUAAAGAAACCAGCGCCGUCACGGAUAACUGCACCACAUGAUCCAGAGUAACUGUCUUCUAUGAAAAAAGCAUCUGUAUUCGGAACUAGCUGGCCAAACAAAGGUCUCUUCCAAAUAUUAGUCCUUGUGUUAACUGCCUUUUGUGUUGCUGCUCGAACAACGUUUAGGGCAACAGCUCGUAUCCGGCCUAGUAGCUACACGGCGGGGAAAAAGCAUCAGGCAAGACGGACGGUGCACUGGCUAUGAGCAUUAUAUAGGUUUUGCGCGAUUUAGGAGAGGCGAAGCCAUCAUAUCCUGGGCCUAGCAGGCCCAUCUCCCUUCCGCAAUGCAUUUUGGCUUGAGCAACAAAAAAAAAACUCCACCGGUAAAUCAAAAAACUCAUCGUCGAUCAGAUGGCGAUGCCGCAGAAGAGGCGCCGCCGCCGGAGGAGUCCUCUUCAGGAAGGAGUGUCCCGCCGGCGCCCUGGUGAAGAUGGCGCAUCGUUGUCUGGAUCCCUUGUCGAUUCGGAUAGCAGCAGCAGCCGUUUGGACGGAGGCUCUCCGCCGCCCGGACUCCCCGACGAGCCUGUUACAUCCUCAACAGAGUCAAGGUACCAUGAAAUCAUCGCCUCGCGCCUCGCCCAGUUGCAAUUACCAGUCGGCGACGACGGCUCGGAUAUGGCCGGUUUCUCAAAUCUCCCUCCCAUUGAAAUCCUCGAAGUCCUUGCUCGUAAAUCUUUCCACGAUGACUAUUCGCGAGCUGCUCUGCUAGAAUGCCAAUGCCAGAAGUUCUUGAACGAGACCCAGGGACGAAAUACAGAUUCUGGAGAAUCUGAUUCGGCCAUUGUUGAUACGGGUUCCACUUACACUGAACCCGGCGAUGUUAUCACGGAGGUGGAACACAUGAGAGACUGUGAACUACUAGGGGCUGCCAUGGAUGAAAUUGACACUUGGACCAAACUGGACCAAGAGCAGGCCAACAAGCUCCAUCUCAAGUAUGCACUCUAUCGCAUCAAAGCUUGCCUGCUGUUGAAAGGAAAGCCGGUUGACGAGCUGGAUGAUGAUGUUGCAUUGGAACGCAAGUACCCUCCAGAGCUUAUCGUGAAGAACAAGUACUUUUUUCACUAUGAGGAUGACCUCUUUGGUUGGUAUUUUGAUGCCGAACUCUGUUACAAAGCGUCCUUGAGCGACUACCAGCGGCUAGUCCUUUUAAAUGACGGUGAUGAGUAUUCGAGUUGGAGAAGAUACCAAACAUUUUAUAGCACCCCUGAAGCUGAUAGAGAUUAUCUCAGCUACUGGGAAACAAUUGCGAAGGAACUUAAAUGGCUUGAGCAGUAUCUGCUGACAAACGAGUCUUCUAUCGAGUGGGCGCAUAAACAUUCAAAGGCUACGUUCCAAGCAAUUAGGAUCGCUUCUAAGUUUCCCUGCAUGACCCUGAAACUUGCAGCUGUUGGUUUACAUGAGUAUAUAUGGAAUGCGCGCAUACAUCUCAUGUUUGUGAAAGAUCUUGAUGGUAUCUUGUAUAAUAUUUGGAGGCGGCUCAAUGCGGAUCAUCAGCUGCGUUUCAGAGAUGCUCUCAAGCAAGUUUAUGAGGCUAACUUGUUUCCAGCACACGACCGCAGUAUGAAGUAUGAGCUGGAGUAUGGCGAUUCCAAAAUGGACCUAGUAUUUGUUAAGUGCACGACGGGCCUUAGUGACGGUGUUCCAGAAGAUAGAGCCCGUGAGCUGAUUAAACAGGAAAUUCGCUGGACGCGUGAGUCGUCAGGAACGUAUGAGCGGUACGCCAGGAAGAAGCUCAAGAUUGCAGAACUGAUAGGAUUAAUUCCCAAGGACAAGAUAGCAACUGCGUAGUUGCGUUUGUUAAGAUAGCAGAUGUGUAGUUGUGUUGGUAAUGUCUUGGCGCUGGUUCCAUAAAGACCCCAGGCUGCAUUAUUCCUAGCAACGCCUGUUAGGUACCUUAUGUAUGGAAAAAAAAUCAGAUCUUGAAUUGACUAGCUAUUGUAUGGAAGAAAUUCAUCUUGAAUUGAAUAGU